UUGUUAAUUUAAUAUAUAUUUGUUAAUUUUUUUAUUUAUUUUUAUAUUAAAUAAAAAGGUCUUACCAUUUACACAAAAUGAAAAAUGUGGAUGGAAUAGACGAGCAUGUAUGAGUUUAGAAAAUGCUAUGAAAAAUGAACGAUUAACAAUAGGAAAAGUUUUAUUAAAAGUAACUGUAGCUGAUAAUAAUCAAGUUAAAUGGCCAAUGAUGUUUAUUAAUAUAUCAACAACAAAUAUUCCUAGUUUAACUGAAUAUAUGUGUGAUUUAUAUUUAUGUCGUCGAUGUUCAAAUUUAGAAAUAAGCGAAUAUUGGUCUUACAAAAUUCGUCCAGAACAAUAUGUUUUGUUUAAUUUAUCAUCAUUAAUUAAUAAAAAACAAUAUUUUAUUUUCAAUAAUAAUCAUCAAUCUACAUUGUCUUUCGAUCAAAUUAUUGAUAUGAUUAUCAACGAUUCAGAGUUUCUUUAUCGUCAAUAA